AUGGCUAUGAUGGACUCCGAGGGCCACUCCUACGGCAGCCUCAGGGAGCUCUGGCGACGAGAGCUCGACGGGGAGGAGGGCCGCAAAGGCUGGUACCAGCGGGCAGCGAGCCAUUGGCAGGCGAGCCUGGACGGCGUCCUCGGGGGCCACGCCGAGACCAACGGGCCCGACCUGCGCGAGUCGCGGCGCUUCCUGGAGACGACUUGCUGCGGCGAUCUGGAGACCUCAGCAGCGACAGUCUGGAGGACGGCUUGGACCUCGGGGCUGGCAUCGGCAGGAGGUGGCCGUGGAGGUCCUGCUGCCCGCGCUGCCCCGGCUGCACCUGGUGGAGCCGAACGCCCGUCUCCUCGAGGAGGCACAGCGGCGGGUGCUGCGCCUGCGCGAGCCGGGCCAGGACCGGUCCGCUUCACUGCGUGCGGCCUGGAGCAGCUGCAGCUGGACAGGGCCAAGUGGGAGCUCUGCGAGUGGAUUCGCUCGUCGCUGGCUGUUGGCGCGAAGCAGGAGCGGGUCGACAUGGUCGCGGAGCACUGGGCGAGCGACGUCUGGACGCACCAGCAGACUGAGGAGACCACGCCAACGCGCCUUAUCUUCCUACCCCUGGCAAGCCCAGGCCUUCGGCGGAGGAGGGGCGCGGCCGCCGAGGCCUUCAGCAAGAGCGUGGGCUUGGGCGCCGACCAGUUCAACCCGCGGCAGCUGGAGUACGUCUCCGACGGCUUGCUGGACGUCAUCAUCUCCCUCUGCACGGCGGCGGAGGCCCUGCACAACGAGGCCAGCCGCGCGCAGCAGCUGGAGAUCGGAUGCGCGCUGGAGUUUUGGAUGGCCUACGAGGUGGUCUCGUUGGCCACGGCCCAGGACUGCGCGCUGGGCACGGGCUACCCCGAGCAGAUGGUGCAGGCAGCCCUGCGCGUCUACGCGGUGCCCAGGCUCAUCGUGAUCGACGGGGCCGCUACCUCAGAUUGCUACGAGCUGGCCAGCGUGCUCAUCGCGGGCCGCAGCCUCGCGGGCAUAAUCCCCCGCUGUGCGAUGAUGGUGUUGGACGCGGAGCAUAGGCGCUGCUGGAAGGAGGUGCACGUGGCCAUCACGUUCGAAGGCUGCUCGCCGCGCAUGGCAGGGUCGUUCUGGGACGCGGCCCACUACCUUGGCGGCGCGGCCCGCGACUUCAUCCACGGUCUGGAGGCCGAUAUGGGCUGCGCCGUUUCCCGCCCCAAGUCGGAGGCGUUGGCCUCAUCGGGCGGGCUGAGGGACACCUUGGUGGAUGUCAUGAACAGGGGCGGCUCAAGCAGGCCGAGGAAGCAGGCGGCGGAGCAGUCCUACCGCGUCGCCCAGGCACGGGGCGCGCGCGUCCCCAGCGCGCGCAGGCAGGCAACGAGCGGCUCGCCACAGGUCACGGAGGUCGGGCGCGAGGCCAUGGCCUGGUCGGACAGCAGGAUGCAGCGGUGGAGGGCGGGCGCUGCGCCGCCGACGCGCCGCGGGCUGGGAUGGCACAUGACGUCCGCCAAGCUAGUCCGCGACGACCUCGACCGCGCGGCGGGCCUCAUGGAGGUCGGGCACCACGCCAUCGAGGGCUUCGUCGAGUUGGGGCCAACCAAGGCGCCGUGGCGCGAGAUGGCGGGCCACCGCUCGGAGCUGGAGGCGGUCCGCCGCGGCGGCGCCAUCGCGAGCGCGCGGUGCCAGUUCCUGACGAAUAAGGCCUCGGCGCGAGUGGCAGCGCGCAGCUGCUUGGCCCGCAACGCCAUGGUAGGCUGCUCGUGGCCAGUCGCGCGGCGCGCGGGGGCCAGCCCGCCGCUCGCGCCCUCGGCUCGCAGCGCGUGGUGCUGCGAGGAGGUGGGCACUGUGCGGCACUUGGCGCGGCGCUGCCCUGCGCUGGGUGGACCGCGAUGCCUCUGGCUCGGGGAGUCGCCCGGCUUCGCGGCGCUGCAGGAGGCGGAGGCGGCCACCGCCUCCAACGGCGAGGAGCUUCUCCUAUGGUCGCGGGGGCCCCUGACUGAUCAGAGGUCGGAGGCGCCGCAACCCUUCCCGGCCAUCGUCAUUCGGCGCGCGGGCAGCCACCCGGGCGACGUCUCGGCGCGAGAUGCGUUCCCGGAUGGUUCAGCAGCGCGCGCCCGCGACUGCCAGCUCGCACGAUCAGGUUGGGCCGCAGUGACGACGUGGGCCAACGACGCCAAGCGCGCGGCCGCGCGGGGGAACGCGCCGCGGCCGCUCCCGCGGGGCAGCGGCGCGGGCGAGCUGCAAGCAGCUGCGGUGGGCUUCCCGCACUGCGUCGGCUACGACCGCGGCGGCGGCGACGCCGGCGACGCGCCAGCACAGGCGCACUGCGCGGAGCACGACGUCCGCGAGGAGCGCAUCUCCGACAGGCAGCGCGCGGGAAACGCCAGGGCCGACGGUCGAGCGCAGGAGGGCGCCAGCCUCCGCGCGGCCCCGAAGGAGCGGCUAGAGCCCAUCGACACGGCGGACCACCUGGCCCUGGAGCCGACCUCGCGGCCGCCGAGCUUGGCCCCGCAACCGCCGCCGCCGCCCACGGCCUGGUCUGCGGGGGCCGCGGCCGCGGACGCGCGGGCGCGCGCGUGGCGGCGCGCCGGCUGCUGCGCCUGCCGCGGAGAGGCUGCUGGAGGCGGCGGUCAGGCGGCGGCCGCGCCUCCCCGGCCGAGGCCGCCGCGGUGGGGCGCAGACAUCCACGACGCGCACGUGCUCUACGUGGAGAGGCCGCGCGCGCUCUGCAACGCGCGCGGCUGCGGCGCGGCGUCGGCGAGGGCCACGGGCCUGACACAGCUGCGCCUUCACCGCGCGACGUCCGACAGGCAGGCGGGCGCCCUCCGCCGCCUGCGGCGCGGGCUGCGCCCGACGAAGCCGGGCAAGCUGGGGGGGGGUCCGAGGGGGGGAGGCAUCUACCACUCCGGGCCGUCGUUCGCGAUCCUUGCCGCCGCCGUCGUCUGCUACACGGAAGGUGCAGGCCUCGCCCGCUUCACGUACACCGGCGCCGUUCUGGGGUGUGUGGCCGCCAGCACGCUGACCACAGGAGUUGUAGUGUUGUCGGGCUUCUGGCUGGUGAAGCUGGCGGGGGCCCUCGCAAUGAAAGUGGUGACCCAGGCGCGCUCCAUCGGUCUCAUCCUGUGCUCCGUGUUCUUCUUCGGGGAGUUCUGCACUGGUCCGCAGUAUCUGGGCUACACGAUCACUUUAAUUGGCAUGGGACUCUUCGACAACGCCAAGCAGAUGCUGAAGAACGCCGCCUGCGGCGACGAGGCCAAGGUGCCCGGCGGCUCCGGGAUGGUGGAGCUCCACAGCCACACCGCUGCGGACCACUUCCUGGACGGCCUCCUGCUGGAGCUGAAGUCCAGUGUGCCGAACGAGACCGGCCUCUUGCAGAGUGGUCUGAAGGUCACCACGCCGAGCGAGCAGCAGAAGAAGGACAAGGAGUUGAUCAACCAUCUCCAACUUGCGCCAGAGGAAGUGGACCGCCUCAACGACGUUAUCGAGAAGAGAGGCAUUGCCAAGGCCAACAAGGACAUCAAGGAUAUGAAGGACACCCUCCAACUCUUCCGCAAGAGCCACGCUGAGAUGAAGCCGCAGCUGAAGGAGCAGCUCACCGAGGAGGUGCAGGAGAAGCUGGCCGAGACCACACAUGAUCUUGACAGCAUGAAGUUGCAGAUGAACGCGAGCCACGCCCGCGUAGACCAAGCCAACGAUGAGAUGAAGGAGAUGGUGCUCCAGCCCGAUAAAGAGAAUAUGAAGGACAUGCAGAAACAGCUUCAAUUCUUCGCCGGCGGCCAGGCUGAGAUGCAGCUAAAGCUGAUGGAGCAGUUCACUAAGGCGCAGCUCAAGAUGGCAAACGUCGGAGAAAAGGACCUUGACAACGCGAGGCUGCAGAUGGAGUAUUGCAGUAGUCGCCUCGACAAGGCCGAUGUCGAGACGAAGGAGAUGAUGCUCAAGCUCCAGACGGCCACCAAGGACACCAAGGAGAUAAAGGAGAAGUUCCAGCUCCUCCAGGACGGCCAGGCUGCGAUGAAGGUGCAGCUGAAGGAGCAGCCCACCCACGAGAUGCAAGAGAAGCUGGCCAAGUACAAGCCCGUCGUGCUCGAACGCACGCAGCCGCUGUCAGAGACCGCCCUGCUGCGCGGCCUCGCGAACACCAGCGGGGGGACCAAGCAGACCGCAGCCCCUGCGCCUUUCGGCAGGCAGGUGAACCACAGCUGCCUCGGGAGCAUCCCUCCCGCGUGUCGGUUGCGGGCGGGCGUGGAGCGCACUCACUCUGUAACCGAGGUCCUCCUGUACCUGCCCGAUGACGACCUGACGGCCCUCCUCGGCCGUUGCCGUGAGGCACUCAGGACGGGCGGGCUCCUCUGCGUCAAAGAGAACGUCGUACUGGAGGGAAGGUGGCAUGUAGACAAGACUGACAACAGCAUUGCGCGGACGGACGCGCACUACAAGGAGAUCUUCGCGAGGGCGAACUUAGACGUGGUGCGCGAGGCCAGGCAGACUUGCUGGCCAGACGACGUCAUCCCCGUGAAGAUGUACGCGCUGCGCCCCGCCCAGGGCGAUUCUCGGGUCCGACGGGCCGCUACGGACCGCGGGGCGCCGCCGACGAGCCGCCGCGCCCCCGCGAAGAGGCCGGCCAGCUCUGCUCCGGCGCGGGCCGCACCGGCCAAGCGCCCGGCCGCCAGGAGACUUCCUCACCAAAGAGCCAUGCGGAGGUCACACGUUGCAAGCCCAGUUAGCCAUACUCUUGUGGAGUCGUGCCUCACGCGGUUUUUACAUGUGUGCGGGUUUUACGGGCCCGCUGUUAUAUUUGUGCAACGUGUAUGACCUCGCGAGUGGAUGUCCAUCUGUGCUGUUCGAGCUUCGCCCUUCUCUUGUAGAGCCCAUUGUGUGACAGUUUGUUGUGUAUUGCCAUGCAUGUGUGCUGGUGUUCGCGCACACACGUGUUAUGUAUAAUGCAUUACAUCGUUUGAUAUGUUCUCGCGGGCUCUUGGAUCGCGUGUCGUUCGUCAUGGUCGUUGAAUAGACGAUUCGCAAGAUUUGUCGCAGCUGAACUGCCUAAGCUCCUACCCCACUGAGGAAGAUCGCACCAACCUAGUCUCCGUGCGCGACGAUGUUUGUUGUCUUCGAUUCCGCGCCCCCAAACUACACCUCCUCGCCCAGCCCCCGCGGCUCGGAGCGAGGCCGGCGGGUGCCGUGCGCUGACCGACGCCGUGGGCGGUUGCGGCAAGGUCGGUCGGCGCGCACGGCGAGUGGCAGUGAGUUUCAAAAGAAGUGG